AUGGCUUCAGCUGAGCAACUUCGGCCUGUGGUGGUUUCUGGACCAUCUGGGUCUGGUAAAUCCACGUUACUGAAACGUCUUUUUCAGGACUAUCCGAAUAGAUUCGGAUUUAGCGUGUCACAUACCACACGCUCACCUCGUCCUAAUGAAAAUGAUGGCGUACACUAUCACUUUGUAUCACGUGAACAGUUUGAAGAACUUAUCAACCAAAAUAAAUUUAUAGAAUACACUGAAUUCUCAAAUAAUUUAUAUGGAACAAGCAUCGCCGCUGUACGUGCUGUUGCCGACGAAGGAAAAUGUUGUAUUCUGGACAUAGAAUUGCAGGGUGUCAAGUCUGUAAAAAAAACAGAUCUUAACGCACGUUUUCUGUUUGUCGCACCACCAUCACUUCAAGUUCUUGAAGAGCGUUUACGUAAUCGUGGCACUGAAUCUGAAGAUGCAAUACAAGCGCGUCUUAAAGCUGCAAAAGAAGAAUUGGCUUACGCUGCAGAAGAGGGUUCUCAUGAUAAAAUUAUUGUAAAUGAUAAUUUAGAUGUAGCGUAUGAACAGUUUCGAAAAUUCAUCGUUGACUGCAAUUGA